UAGUCUGCUGUCACAGCCCUAUCCUAGUACUUCAAACGGUCGCCCGAUACUGCUUCCCUUACCAAGAAACUUUACAAAAGUGGGUAAAACUACCGUACUCUACCUUAGUAUUGCUGAGUAGGUCGUGACUAGUAUGUGGCUUUCAUGUGGUCUCGGAUUGGUCCCAUCCCGACAGUCCUUCCCAGUACUGCUUCCUUCCUGCGGCCAUUUUGUGAGCAGCGCCAUUACUAACAUCUGAAGAGUGUAGAGAGAAAAAAAAAACCUAAAGAAAAAAAAACAAACAGCUUUUAGAGCUGUCACCGAGUGGUGUGUGUGUAUGUAUGUGUGAGCGAGCGCUCUCCUUCCUUCGGGUCGCCUCCCCUUUAAAGAAGAAAAACGAACCCCGAAGUAAUCAAUUCAAAGGUGCCGUAAUAUCCGUCGGUAAAUAUGUCUGAAGAGCAGCACGCCGGAGAGGAGCCGGUGUUGAAGGAGGAUAAGGAGGUGAAGAAGGAGGAUGAGGAGGCGAGCAGCGAGGAAGUGCAGACGGCGACCGGCGAAAGCAUAGCGGGGGAAUCCGAGGGAGCCAAGAUCGAUGCGAGUAGGAACGAGGAAGAUGAAGGAAAAAUGUUUGUUGGAGGGCUGAGCUGGGAUACCACAAAGAAGGACCUGAAAGAUUAUUUUUGCAAGUUUGGAGAGGUUGUAGACUGCACAUUAAAACUGGAUCCCAUCACUGGACGGUCCAGAGGAUUCGGCUUUGUAUUAUUUAAAGAGGCUGACAGUGUGGAUAAGGUUAUGGCGCAAAAAGAACACAAGUUGAAUGGAAAAGUAAUUGACCCCAAAAAGGCCAAGGCUAUGAAAACGAAAGAACCAGUGAAGAAGGUCUUUGUUGGAGGCCUUUCCCCCGAUACCCCUGAAGAGAAAAUUAGGGAAUAUUUUGGUGGUUAUGGAGAGGUGGAGUCAAUAGAACUGCCAAUGGAAAACAAGACGAAUAAAAGGCGAGGGUUCUGCUUUAUUACAUUCAAAGAGGAAGAACCUGUAAAGAAGAUAAUGGAAAAGAAAUACCACAAUGUUGGGCUCAGUAAAUGUGAAAUCAAAGUUGCCAUGUCCAAGGAGCAGUAUCAACAGCAGCAACAACAUUGGGGAGGCAGGGGCAGCUUUGCCAUGAGAACUCGAGGAAGAGGAGGUCCAAACCAAAAUUGGAACCAGGGAUAUGGCAACUACUGGAAUCAAGGUUAUGGCAAUUAUAACUACGGAUACAACAACCAAGGCUAUGGAGGAUAUGGAGGCUAUGAUUACUCUGGUUAUAACAACUACUACGGAUAUGGUGACUACAGCAAUCAGCAGAGUGGUUAUGGCAAAACCCCAAGGCGAGGUGGUCACCAAAACAGUUACAAGCCAUACUAAAAUAUAAUCCCUACUUUUAACAAGCAGGUAUGUUGAAACAUUGCUUAUAGCAACACUUCAUUAAUAUAAAUUUCAUUUUAAUUAUUAUAUUGACCUUUUGUUUAACGUAUUAUAAUGUUGAAUUUUUUCUUUAAAGUUUCACAGCACCCAGACGUGCUUUCUGUAAUGGUAACUUAGAGACUUCUUUUGGAGUUAUGUACCACUGGUGCACUUAAGCGUAUGGCUUUUGCCCUUUUGUAACUGUAAAGUUAACAGGUAAAGUACUGCUAAUGGGUACAAAUUAAGGAGUUACAACGAAAGGAAAGAAGAAUGUUGCCUACUAACUCUGAUAUUGUACCUUGUUUGUACCCGCCAGCGGGAACUUCAUUGCAGGCCGUGUGUCGCGCUGACUUCACGAUUCUCAAAGGCCCGCUCAAUGCGGACAGGGUACGAGAUGCUCACGCUCUCGAAUGCUGCCGUUUGGUAUGGUCUCUUCCAACAUCCUGUAUCAGCAUUAGAAAAUACAAUGGAUACUUCAAGCUUUGCCUUCACUUAUUUCUUUGCUUUUUUUAUAUAGACAUAUACAUUAUAAUGUAAUUUUAAUGUAAUUUUUUACAGGCCCCAAGUAAUGCUUAAAUACGACAACUUACUGAAAAAAAUAACUAUUUAUUCUUCUAAGGAUACAGCUUUCUCUGGAUUUUCCAGUGUCAUAAUAUAUUUUAUUCCUAAUCUAUUUGUAAUGCUUGCUUUUCCCCGUUUAUAGCCCUUGUAGCAGUAAUUGCCAGUAGUCCAUGAGCUAAAACCUGUUCUGUGCAUGGAUUUCACUCUUCUGAAGAGAUCCAUAUAAUGUUGUAUACUGUGUAUACGGUUUUGUUUUCUGAGACAAUCAAGUGGAUUAAAUAUGUUCUUCUGAAUAUCAUGAUCAUUUUUUCUAAGUAGUUCAUUCAUAUUUUAAUACUGUGAGAACCAAAAACUUGUCUUAAAUACUUUUUGUAUGUAUGUAUGUAUGUAUUUAUUUAUGUAUGUAAGCAUGUAUGUAAGCAUAAUGCAUAUAUAAUAUAAUAUGUUUUGUUUUAGGAGAGCCUAAAGGUCUUGCCCUUUUAAUCAGCUAGUAGGAUUCCUGGCACUUCUGCCGUUUGCUGCACUUCAGGAUUUCUAGCUUAUGGACUAAUUUAUUUAAGCUUUAGUUGUAGAAUUGUGUGUGUGUAUAUAUGUAUAUAUAGAAUAUAUAUUUGUCUGUUUUAAAUGUUAAUGGGACAUAUUCAAAAUGUGAUAUUUAGGAAUUCAUACAGAUUUCCAUUGACAAAUAUUAUUUUGUUUUUUUUAGGUGAAGGAGCAGUAUUUUACAUCAGAUAGAAGAUCUCUACGAGGUGGUUAUAGCUAGACUCUGAUAGCAGUUUUUCAGACUUUUUUGUGUUUAAUAUUUAUCUUGUAUGGCUGAAUUAAGUCACUGAUUCAUUGUGCAAUGGCAUUCCUAAAUUUACUUAAAUAUUGCUUUUAUUACUUUUAAUGUGUGGCAACUCCUAGGCUUGAAAUGCAACCAACUUAUGUUUUUUUUCCUUAAUAUGGUUUAUUGUGAAAAAGUAUUGUUAUGAUAUUGUGGUGAACUGAUGUUCUAAAAUUGUUGGGUUAUUUUUUCUAAAUAAACCUUUUUGUACAAGUA